AUGGCUAAGUUCAACACCAAGUCCAAGGCCAAGUCCACCAAUCGUUGUACUUGUGACCCUAACGACCUCCUUUUCGAGGAGUGUUUGUGUGGCCAGAGCCAGGACCAACACCAGUCCAGCACCUCCGGCGUCCGCGAGGACUGGAUCAACGACUACACUACCCUGCUCGACGACAACGCGGCUGAGACCAACAAUAAUAGCGUCGCGCCCGCUGGUGAGGAUGCCGGCUCAAACAAUUCGACAGAGAACGCCGACCGUGAGUCGUCCAUCGGCUUCGGAUCCCACGAUGAACAGCACACCAGUCGUAGCAACGAUGCUCAGAUCCGGGAGGGCGUGCAGCACACCGUUUAUGACCGCCACACUCCGGGCGAGGAGGAGUUCCAGCAAUUCAUGGACGAACAUGAAGAGCAACAGCGUGGUUUGGCCUCUUCUCCCUUCUUUGAGGAGUAUAGGCGCACUUACUCCUCAGACAACACGCUCAAUGGAGUCGAUGUCGGUUCCUUGGACUUCACCCAGGAGCGUGCCGACCUCAACAACGCCAUGAACACAUCCAGUGGCCUCGGCACCUUCGACAACUUCAACGACUUCGGCAAUGAACUUUUCCCAAGCGUCACUACCUCCAUGUGUGGUAUUGCGGAGCCCAUGAGCACCAAUUACAGCAACACGAUGAACCCUUCCAGUUUCUUUGGCGACUCGGGCAACUUCCCUUUGGGCAUCACGGGUAUAUUCUCCACCACGGAUAGCUCUAUGCAGCCUAUCAGCCCUGUCGCCCAGAACCCUGCUCCAAUGGCUUUCGAGAACAUGGAUUUCGUCGACGUGAACUACUUCGACCCUAACGUUAACCCCUUUAUUGGCGCAACCAUCGGCAACCACUCUGAUGUCAACACUUUUGGCAAUCGACCUGAGAUCGCCACCUUUGAUAAUGGACCUAACACCAAAAACUCUGCUAUAUCGUCUCAGAUGCCUGUGUCCGCUCAGUCUGGCACAACUUCCUCGAACGCCAACCGCGCCCCUGUUGAUCGGCCGCAGAACCAACCCAACGUCUCAGGACAUGGGAUCCGCAAGGCUAGGCCCAAUGCACCUCGGCGUGCUAUGCCACCUUCGCGUUUGUCGGCCUUUGUUCCCAUCGACCAGCCCCAGAUGCUUGCUGCUCUGGACAAGCAGAACCAGCAACAGACCCAGGAUGAUGCCUUUGAGCGCGACCGAGCCAUGGCUCGUGCCAAUGUUCGCACCGCUCGAGAAGCCGGACAAGACCUUUUUGGCAUCCACCAGCAAACCCAGCAAUCCGCCCAGCGCUUCUCUACUCCGACUACUCCUGUCGCGACGGCCGAUCCCACUACCCAGAGGGUAUCCAUCAACAAGAUCGGCGGGAACACCACCAUCGAGUACUUCGAUUUCAGCUAUCCCGGUAAUCGAUUCGGGAAUCAGUCUGGUCUGCAGCAGCCCGUAAGCUCUCCCGUCGAGCGUGCUCAGCUUUCCACCCACCAUCUCGGCAACCAAACCGCUCAGCAGCGCCAGUCCAGUACUCCUUUCAACCAAUUCGGAGACCAACCUGUCCAGCAGCGCCCACCCACCCCUUCCACCGAGCGCACUCCGCUUUCCGCCAACCAGCUCGGAAAGCAACCGGUCCGUCAACCCUCAUCCAGCUCUCCCGCGGAGCCCACGCCUUCCAAGAAGCGCGCUCGCCCUGCCGACAUCCAGAUCCCCGACUCGGCUCCCAAACGCGUGCGCCCCUCAGCUCCUCCUCGCCUCACCGCUACUCCCGCUCCAGUCCGUCCACCCUUCGCCGAUGAGGUCGAGGCAGCCGUCGAACUCCGCGGUCGCAUGGUCAGCGAGCUCCUCAAGACCAAAUGGCUCGACAUGACGGUCACCGAGAAGGCACGCAUCCUCCUGCCCAUCUGCCAAGGCAAGCACCCCCUCCAGUUCGAAAAGGAGGAACUCGAGCGCGGACUUACCUACGGUGCGACGCGCCAGCGCGAGGCCCUCCACAAGGCUGCGAAGUUGAACGAUGUCGCUGUCAAGGAAGCCCAGGCUAUCAUCAAUACUCGGGCUGCCACUGCCGCCGAGCAGCCUCCGGUUCAAACUGAGGAUAUGGACGAGGAUGAUGAGCUUGCUGCUCUCAAGGCUCGCAUGGCGGAGAUCGAGGCGAAGAAGAAGGCCAAGCUCGCUGAGGAGAAGGCCCAGGCCGUGCGGGACAAGCGCGCAGCGGCUCAGCGGAGGAAGCGCGAGGCGGAGCGGGAGGCCAGGAAGAAGGCAGCGCAGGAUGUUGCUCAGCUGAAGCAGAGGGAGGAGGUUGAGGAGCAGCAGAGGCUCCCGGAGGAGCAGUUCCACUUCCAGCAGCCGUACGCCCACAUGGGCUUCUACGCUGCUCAGUCGUUCCAGGGUUAGAUUAUUUGGCGUCUGGCGUCAGGUGUCCGUGUCUAGGGUUUGAGAUUUGGUGUCUCGUGUUUGGUGGCGAUGUGGAUGACGAUGGCGGGUGACUGCGGUGGGUGCUGGUUCGCUGGCGGAUUGGUACUGAUCAUGAAUACUUGCUUGCUUGGUCAUGAUUGCUAACCUGAUCAUGAUUCCAUACUUGAUAAGGACCACUAUAGGGACAAUUCAAAAUCACAACAACGUAGUGUGCCGAAGUGACUACAAGU